CCUCCUCACCCACAUACAAUCUCUACAAACCAACCCUGACUUUUCAGUCACAUUCAUUCUUUAAACAACAUACCUAAUAUUAAUCCUCCGACAAUCUACAGCUCUUCCCGAGUCACUCAAUACCAGACAAAUCAGUCAAGAUGAAGUUCACCGUUGCUACUGUCGCUGCCCUCGCCGUUGGCGCCCAGGCCUCUUACGCCGCCGGUAACGUUACCUACACUACCGAGGUCGUUACCGCCUACACUACCUACUGCCCUGCCGCUACUCAGGUCACCUACGGUGGCAAGACCUACACCAUCACUGAGGCCACCACCCUGACCAUCACUGACUGCCCUUGCACCGUCAGCAAGCCUGUCUACACCACCUCCAGCGUCAUCUGCAGCACCUGCACAUCCGCUGCCGCCUCCAGCUCCACUGCUGCUGCCUCCAGCUCCGCUCCCGUCUACCCUACCAACAACGGCACCACUGUUGCUUCCACCAGCACUGUCAAGGCCACCGGUGGCCAGACCACCACCAAGGCUUCUGCCACUGCCUCGACCACCGCCAGCUCCGUUCCCACUGCCGCUGCCGGCAAGCUCGCCGCUCUCUCAGGAGCUGGCCUUGCCGGUCUCGUCGGUCUCGCUGCUUUCUUGUAAAGCGCCUGCUGCUAGACUUUACGUCAUCUUCACGAUCUUCAUGUCGAUAAUACCUAAUGGACGGAAAGCAGUUUGGACGUUUUGAGGGAGUAUGGUGAUUAGAUUGGGAGGGCUCACGGGCACCCACGGUUAUUCUGCAUUGCACUUGGGCGUCAUUCGCAGGACUUUAUUAUAAUUCUCGUCUUGGUGUUAGGACAAACGAUACCACA